UCUUGAGAACUCUUCGUCUACUCUCAGCUCCUUUCUGUUUGCACAAUUCCUUUUUCUCAACUAAAAAGCUCCCACCCUCUCUCUCACUCUCUCUCUAAACAAAGUGACAAAACCAUACAAGAUGUUCACCGAAGGCCUGGAUGAAAGCGCGAUCAACUGGAUCAAACAGGGAUCCGAUUUACAAGUGGAAGAAUCUCAACAAGUUCGAUCUCCUCUUACCGAGAAAAUUGCUGCUGACCCAUUUCCAAAAUCUCCACUAGCAUACAAAUACAAUAGUGAUACUGUUAUGUCUUCCCCCAUUUUGCCUCCUCUCAAGUUCAACUCUGGCUUGCUGGCACCACAUAGUUUGGUUGCUCCCUAUCUGGACGACGACGACGAUGACGAUGCUGAGAGUGUAGCUUCAGUUCCGGAUGAUGAUGAUGCCGAUUACUCGGACGAAGAAGUUUUGGGAUAUAAUAAUAAUGACAUUGAUUUCUUGGAUAACCCAAUUCUACAGCGUUAUGGUGACCAAAAAACAUAUGGUUACAAAUCCAGCACAAGCUUGAGCCGAGGUCGUGGGUCUUCUGUGAAUAGAGGGUUGUUCAAGGAAAAUCUCCGGAUUGAAGUACCUGAAAGUUUAAGAAGAUAUACUGACGGUGAAUUGGGUACCAGAAGAUAUGCCCAAAAAGAUACAACCCCAAGUGGUGGGGGCAGCGAGCUUCGUAAACGGGUUCUACUAUGCAAUCUACAGGGUACUCCAUCCCAUCAAAGUAUCCAAGAUUUAGCCGACUUGGGAACUCCAAGUGCACCUCCCAUAGCUGACAUUGGAAGAGAAGAAGGAAGCUUUAAGAUUGUCAAUCAGCAGCGGAGAGCUUCUGAAGGUUUGACAGAAAUUGAUCUGACUGAUAAAGGGAUGGGUCCAUCAAAUGUAUCAGACAGUUUUAAUGGAAGUAAAGAAGGUUUAGUGGAACGGAGAGCACAAUCCUUAGACACCAAUGAAAUUUGUGAAAGAGUAAACGAAAACAUACCCAGUGAAAAAGAAACGCAGAUCCCUUAUUUGCAAGCAAGCCAAUUGGAUCACUCUCCUUAUUAUAACACCAGUGGACAAUAUGCAUGGCAAACACUGAUUGCUUAUGAUGCUACUAUACGCUUAUGCCUACAUGCAUGGGAAAGAGGCUGUACCGAGGCACCUGAGUUUCUACGUGACGAGUGCCUCAUUCUCCGAAGUGCCUUUGGGUUACACAAAUUUUUGUUGCAACCCCGAGGUGUGCAACCAAUGGAAGGCAGGACUACUAAGAGUGUUGAACAAAUAUGCCCUUUGAAUGCAAAGAAGGUUGUAGGGAAGAUAAGAGUGGAAGUGAGGAAACUUCGAGUAAUACCAAGGAGGACACUUAAGAGCACAUAUUCGCAGCGAGGUGCAAUAUACAUUCAAGCGGGGGUAGAAUAUGUCCGGCAUGUUUCGUCACUAGUGAAAACUGGCAUGAAUUCUCUAAAAGUUGCCUCAUUCUCAGUGGCAUCAGAAGAGCCAUUAUCAUGCUUAUUACAACUAAAGAGUGCUACAGAAGAUACUGAAAUGGAGCCAGGUUCUUCUAUUUCCUUGCGCCCUGGAAGUGGAGAUUACCAUGUCUUUUUCCCGGAGAGCCAAGGGGAUGCUCUUUUGGUAGAAGUCCAAGACAGAAAAAAUUCAGUCCAAGGUCGAACUACAAUUCCAGUUUCAUCCCUUACUGAUAACCCUAGUGACAGAGUUCGGUGGUGGCCCAUAUACCAUGAUGAUCAAGAAUGCGUUGGAAAGAUCCAGCUCUUUAUUGGUUGCACAAUCACAAACGAUGAGACUAAUCAUAUAAAGAGUGGACCUGUUGUGGAAACUCUAGCCUAUGAUUUAUUGCUAGAGGCAGCGAUGCGUGCACAACAUUUUCAUUCCCAGAACUUGUGGUUGCAUGGACAUUGGAAGUGGUUGUUGACUGAAUUUGCAGACUACUAUGGUGUUUCCGAUUCAUAUACUAAACUGAGAUAUCUUUCACAUGUCAUGAAUGUGGCCACUCCAACAAAAGACUGCUUAGAACUUGUGAGCGAGCUACUUGUACCCAUAAUAAAGGCUAGAAGUGAGAAAAGUUUGACCAGGCAAGAGAAAAAUUUACUAUUGGAUUGUGAAACACAAAUAGAGAGUCUUUUGGCAAAUGUUUUUGAGAACUACAAAUCAUUAGAUGAAGAUUCUCCUACGGGGUUAGCAGACUUGUUUGGUCCAAUGCAAGAGUCUGCAGCACCAGCUCUAGCACCUGCUGUCCAAGUCUACACUCUUCUUCAUGAUAUCCUUUCUCUAGAUGCACAGACUAUGCUCAGAAACUAUUUGCAGACAGCAGCAAAAAAGAGAUGUCGGAAGCACAUGGCAGAGACUGAUGAGUUUGUGUCAAGCAACUCUGAAGGUUUCCUUAUGGACUCCAUUACCAUCUCCACAGCAUACUUAAAGAUGAAGAAUCUGUGUAUCAACAUAAGGAAUGAAAUUCAGGCAGACAUCAAGAUCCACAACCAGCAUAUACUCCCCAGCUCAAUCGACCUGUCAAACAUUGCAGCUGCUGUUUACAGCACUGAGUUGUGCAGCAGGCUUAGAGGUUUCCUUUCUGCAUGGCCUCCAUCUAGCCCACAGCCGCAUGUAACUGAGGUAUUAAUAGCAACUGCUGAUUUUGAAAGAGAUCUUGAAUCAUGGAACAUCAGUCCAGUGCAGGGUGGUGUAGACGCAAGGAAUUUGUUUCACAAUUAUAUAAUGGUGUGGGUACAAGAUAUGCAACUUAAUUUACUUGAGCUUUGCAAAGCAGAAAAGGUGCCAUGGUGUGGAGUGAUGACAAAUCAUUCCACCUCACCAUUUGCUGAGGAAAUGUAUGAGAAGAUUAGAGACACCCUUAUUCAGUAUGAAGUAAUAAUCAAUAGAUGGCCUCAGUACUCAUUGAUUUUGGAAAAUGCCGUUGCAAAUGUGGAAAGAGCAAUCAUAAAGGCGCUGGAGAAGCAAUAUAAUGACAUAUUGACACCCUUGAAAGAUAGCAUCCAGAAGAAGCUUAAUAUGCAGGUUCAGAAGCUCACAAGAAGACAAUCAAUGACAAUCUAUUCUGUUCCUAAUCAAUUGGGAAUUUUUCUGAACACCAUGAAGAGAAUUCUUGAUGUCCUACACUGUAGAGUGGAGGAAAUCUUAAAGUCUUGGGCAUCAUAUCUGCCAGUUGGGGGAGAAAAGAAGUCACUGUUUGGAGAGCAAAUGAAUGGGAUCACAGUUCUCUUGAGAACAAAAUACAAGAAUUACUUGCAGGCAAUAGUAGGGAAGCUCAUAAGCAACAUGCAAGCUAAUCGAAACACGAGGCUCAAAAGGAUUCUGGAAGAAACGAAGGAAGAAGAUGGAGAGGCUGAGGUCCGUGAAAGAAUGCAAAUGCUGAGUUUACAACUCAUUGACUCUGUAUCCAACUUGCACGGGGUUUUGACAAGCUGGAUAUUCAUUGCAACCUGUCGUGGAUUCUGGGAUAGAAUGGGACAGAUCGUUCUGAAAUUUCUCGAAGACAGGAAGGAAAAUCGAGUAUGGUAUAAUGGAUCUUAUUAUGCUCUUGGGAUAUUGGAUGACAUCUUUGCUUCGCAAAUGCAGCGAUUGCAAGGGAAUGCCCUGCAAGAGAAAGAUAUUGAGCCCCCUCGUUCAGUAAUUGAAGCUCGAUCAAUUCUUUGCAGAGACACAACAAAUGCAACAGAUUCGUCUACCUUUUUCUAUGUUUAGCAGUUGGCUCCUCCCAACUGACAAAUUCAUGUAUCAGUUCAUAGCAUAGGUGUAUAGUACUAAAUUUUUGGUAGAUGUUUCAUUAUAUUCUUUUUGUGUAUGGUUGUUUAUAUUGCAUAUCAAAUUUCUGCUUCUUACCACGAAAUCAAA